AGUAUUUAAACACUUAUCAAGUUUUAUCAAAAUCAUUCUCUCAACUUUAUUUUUAAAACCUUUCCAACUUUACCUCUUCUAUAACAUUUUAUUUUAUUACCACAAUAUAUUUUACAAGGCAAGUUUAUUUAAAAAAAUAUUUCACAUAAUUUUUUUUCUUUUAGUGAAAGAUGCCAGCAAAAUCUUCAAAACGUUCAAAGAGGGUGAAUUUAAUGAAUCCAAAUUUGACAGAUGAGGAUAUUUCGAGAAUUUGUAAAGAGCAAUAUGGAAGUAUUCCGGGCACAGAUUUUGCAGUUAAAUUAACAGAGGCAGUUCUGGCUAUAAACAAAGGGAUUUACCCCGAGCUUAUCUCUGAGGGAUCUUCUGGCUCUUAUUUAGUUAAAAAUUUGGGAAGGGAGAAAAUUGCUGUUUUUAAACCGAAAGAUGAAGAGCCGUAUGGAGAAUUAAACCCAAAAUUCAUGAAGUGGAUACAGAGAAUGUGUUGUCCUUGUUGUUUUGGACGUUCUUGUCUCGUUCCAAAUCAAGUGGGAAUUUUAACAAAUCUUUUUAAAAUUUUGUCAUUUCAGGGCUAUUUAUGCGAAUCUGGUGCAUCUUUGGUUGAUCAAAAACUUUCUUUGAAUAUUGUUCCCAAAACAGCGGUUGUUUCUCUUUCAUCUCCAACAUUUAAUUAUACGCGUGUUGAUCGAGCUAUGGCGAGAACAAAAGAAAGGAUUAGUUAUCGUUUUGUAAGGCCCUCAAAAAAUAUUCGGCAUAUUGGAUUACCUCGAAAGCGUGGAAGUUUCCAACUUUUUGUGAAUGGUUACCAAGAAGGAAAUUAUUUAAUACGACAAUGGGAACUUUUUCCAGAGAAAUCACCUCCACCUUCUGUAAUGGCUGAAUUCCAAUUAGAAUUUGAAAAAAUGGUUAUUCUCGACUAUUUGAUUCGAAAUACUGACAGAGGAAAUAAUUGGUUAAUUAAAUAUACUCCUGGAAUGGAAGUGAAAAAUAAUCAAGAUUUAAUAGUAGAAUCUAGUUCUGAUUCUAAAUUAAUUGAACAUGAAGAAGAGAAUAAUAAUGUUUGUAUUAAAAUUGCUGCGAUAGACAACGGACUUGCUUUUCCUUUCAAACAUCCAGAUGAAUGUAGAGCUUAUCCUUUUCAUUGGGCCGAUCUUUUAAUUGCUCAACGUCCAUUUAGCGAAGAAAUUGUCAAUAAAAUAUUGCCUUUAUUGAAUAAUACAGAUUUUGUGAAAGAAUUAGGUAAUGAGCUUCGAAAAAUAUUUGAGUCAGACAAAGGUUUUAAAAAGAGAAUAUUUUCCAAACAAUUAUCUGUAAUUCGUGGUCAAAUGUUUAAUUUGCGAGAAGCUUUGCGUAAAAGAAAAUCGCCUGCUCAACUUGUUCAGAUGACUCCAGUUUGUAUGAUAGAAAUAGAAACAAAGAAGAAACGUAAAUUCCCAAAAUUUUCUAAAAAAGGCAAACAAGAAAAUGAAGAAAAACAAAUUCAAGUUGUUGAUGAUUCUCCAAAAGAUGUAGAUGAUGAAUUAGCUAAUCCAAAAUCUUGGAGGAAUAUAUUUAAACAAAAAAUACAGAAAAAGUCACCACUUUUUAAAAUGUGUUGA